AUCGCGCCUGUGCCAACCCGCGUACUCCCAUUGGUUGACUGGUCGAAAAGGAAGGAGCUCUGGGCAGUUGUGUGUAGCGGGUGUAGAACAGCGGUGCAGCACGGAGCAGGGAGGGAGGGGGCGUCCCGGAGUCUUUGGAAAGACAGAGGUGAGGGAGUGUCCCAGGGAGGAGAGGGGCUGUGAGAGGGGCAUGGAUGGGCGACGCAGAAACGGUGGUUUGGGACUCCCAGGACGUCUGUUCUGCAGGGCGAUGACCACACCGGCAGGCUCGGGCGCAGGCUUCGGCUCCGUGUCCUGGUGGGGCCUGUCCCCGGCGCUGGACCUGCAGGCUGAGAGUCCUCCUGUGGACUCGGACUUGCCGGGCGAUGCAGAGCCCAGGACCCCCGAGCUAGAUGUACUGCUGCUGGGAUCCGUGGAUGGGCGGCACCUGCUUCGGACCCUGGCCCGGGCGGCGCUCUGGCCUCGCAGGAGGUUACAUUUCUAUGUGCUAGAGAAUAAUCUGGAAGCUGUGGCUCGACACAUACUGAUCUUCAGCCUAGCUUUGGAGGAACCUGAGAAGAUGGGGUUGCAAGAGAGGAGCGAGACCUUCCUGGAGGUGUGGGGGAACGCGCUGCUGCGCCCCCAGGUGGCCGCCUUCGUGCGUGCCCAGGCCAAGCACCUGGUGCACCUGGUCCCAGAGCCCGACCGCCUGGCGGAGCAGCUGCCCUGGCUCAGCCUGGGCGCCCUCAAGUUCCGCGAGCGCGACGCCCUGGAGGCUGUGUUCCGAUUCUGGGCCGGCGGGGAGAAGGGGCCCGAGGCCUUCCCCAUGAGCCGCCUCUGGGACUCCAGGCUGCGCCACUACCUGGGCUCCCGUUACGACGCCCGGCGCGGUGUCUGCGACUGGGACUUGCACAUGAAGCUGCACGACCGCGGGGCCCAAGUCAUCCACACUCGCGAAUUCCGGCGUUGGAGGGACACUGGUGUGGCCUUUGAGCUCAGAGACUCCAGCGCCUACCACAUGCCAAACCGGACCCUUGCGUCAGGUCGCCUCCUGAGUCAUCACGGAGAGCGUGUCGCAGCGCGCGGGUAUUGGGGGGACAUCGCCACGGGGCCAUUCGUGGCCUUUGGCAUCGAAGCAGAUGAUGACAGCCUCCUGCGGACCAGCAAUGGACAGCCAGUCAAGACCGCCGGUGAGAUCACGCAGCACAACGUGACAGAGCUGUUCCGAGAGGUGGCCGCCUGGGGGCGCCCGAGAACCGCCCAGGGAAACCCUGAGCAGGUGCACCAGGACGGGGAUGGAAGCCCAGAGCGCGCUGCUCCUGCUCCGGAAUUCUUCACUGUGCGCUUCCUGCCUCUCGGCUCUGCCCAGACCCUUCACCACAAAAGCUGCUACAAGGAACGGUUCCAGCUGCUCUAUGUGGCCUGUGGGAUGGUGCAUCUUCUUAGCCCAGAUCUGGGGGCCACCGUGGCCCCUGGAGGACGCCUGGUGGUGGAAUUAGCGCGAUACCUGGUGGACCUGCGGCGGGAGCAGCUGCAGGGGUUUGCCAGCCGGGUCGGGGAGCUCGCUCGGGCGGCUGGGUUCACCCCACUGCCGCAGGCCAGGCCCUCGGAGACCUUCGCGCGCUUCCACAAGGCCCCAGACUCCGCUUGUGGCACUGACUCCGCUGUGGACUCCAUGACUCCGCCCCCUGACGUCCCAACCCCGCCCCUUGAGGACCUGAGCCAGGCUCUGGAAGGCGGGACCCCACCCCCUGAGCCCCUCAAGCGGCCCCCAGAGUCUCCGGCUCUACCCACAGAGUCAGACCCCACAACCAGAGAGUCUGAGCCCUGUCCCCAUCUCUGACUUGUAAAGUCAGGUCCUGGAAUUUGAGCCCGCCUCUAGAACACUCAGUUCUGUUCUCAGCAGUCUCUAUCAGCUCCAGAGGUGUUGCUGGCAUUUCAAAUUACCGUCCUGGGAUUCUGUGUUCUGUUCCUACAUUUCUAGAUUGUUCUUUUAGAGUUACACGUUCUACUCUUGAGACACGCCUACAGAGAUGGGCCCUGAGUCUCAGGCCCUCUGUGUGGUCUCCUUGUCCCCCGAGGUCCUGUUUUAACUGGGGAUGGGGGAAUUGCUCUCCAGGGCUGUUCAACACCCCCAGGGGCCCAGUAAAGAGAGUGGGGUCCUCUUCUUCAUGUGCCCAUGGUGCCUUUCCGGUCUUCAGUCUUGUCUCCAGGACUGGGAAACGGGAUGAGCUAGACUGGUCAGGAGAGACCCAGUUCCUACUGAACCAGAGUGUCCUCAGUGAAGCUUGAGCAGCCCAGACGAGCGCAAAGUUCCGGGGGCCUUCAAGGUCAUCCCGGGCGUGCCCUCACUGACCCUCCAAGCGCCCCUUGCCCCGUCUGUGCCUCCUGCAACCCCUGGCCCGAGUCUCAGCAUGGCGGACGAGUGAGUGCAGCUUGGUAACUGGGACUCCCCGAGGCCCGAGGCGGUGGGGGGAGCAGCGAUGCGGCGGGGUGCCCGCCCCCAGCUCCGGCCCCAAUCCGACGCCGGUCUUCUGCCAACUACCGCGCGUACGCCACGGAGCCGCACGCCAAG